AUGGAUUUGUUCAAGAUCCUGUUUCUUCUGUUCCUCGUGAACAUUGGUUUCUGCUUCGCUGCAGAUCCAUAUUCAUUCUAUAACUUCGAAGUUUCGUACAUUACUGCUUCUCCACUUGGUGUUCCUCAACAGGUCAUUGCUAUAAAUGGAAAGUUCCCUGGUCCUACAAUCAAUGUUACAACCAAUGAAAAUCUGGUUGUUAAUGUGAGAAACAAAUUAGACGAGGGACUUCUUCUUCACUGGUCUGGAAUCCAACAGAGACGUGUGUCGUGGCAAGACGGACUUGCAGGAACCAAUUGUCCGAUUCCACCAAAGUGGAAUUGGACUUAUGAGUUUCAAGUUAAGGAUCAGAUUGGGAGUUUCUUUUACUUCCCAUCUCUACAUUUCCAAAGAGCUUCUGGUGGUUUUGGCUCCUUCAUUGUUAACCCAAGAGCGAUUAUUCCAGUCCCUUUCUCGACUCCAGACGGCGAUAUUACUAUUGCGAUUGGCGAUUGGUACACGAGGAACCACACGGCUUUGAGGAAGGCUUUAGAUGAUGGUAAAGAUCUUGGAAUGCCCGAUGGAGUUCUCAUUAACGGAAAAGGACCUUAUCAAUACAAUCAGACUCUUGUUGCUGAUGGAAUCGAGUACGAAACAAUCACAGUCCAUCCUGGAAAGACUUAUCGAAUUCGAGUGUCCAAUGUGGGAAUCUCGACUAGCCUGAACUUUAGGAUUCAAGGCCAUAACUUGGUUCUUGCGGAGUCCGAAGGAUCAUACACGGUUCAACAAAACUACACAAGCUUGGAUAUUCAUGUUGGCCAAUCUUAUUCCUUCUUGGUUACAAUGGAUCAAAAUGCGAGCACUGAUUACUACAUUGUCGCGAGUGCUCGGGUUGUUAAUGAAACCAUAUGGAGAAGAGUCACUGGAGUUGGAAUCUUACAUUAUACCAACUCUAAAGGAAAAGCAAAAGGUCACUUACCGCCUGGACCACAAGACGAAUUCGACAAGACUUUCUCCAUGAAUCAAGCUAGAUCCAUCAGAUGGAAUGUAUCAGCAAGUGGUGCACGUCCUAACCCGCAAGGCUCGUUUAAAUACGGUUCGAUCAAUGUAACCGAUGUCUACGUUUUGAGGAAUAUGCCCCCAGUGAUGAUCAAAGGGAAAAGAAGAACAACUCUUAGCGGCGUAUCGUUUGUGAAUCCUACUACGCCUAUUCGACUAGCUGACAAGCAUAAAAUUCAUGGAGUUUACAAGCUUGAUUUUCCUAAGAGACCUUUAACCGGACCGCCUAAAACAGAAACUUCGAUUAUCAAUGGCACUUAUCGCGGAUUCAUGGAAGUCAUUCUUCAAAACAAUGACACUAAGAUGCAAAGCUAUCACAUGAGUGGCUACGCCUUCUUUGUCGUUGGAAUGGAUUACGGAGAGUGGACAGAGAACAGUAGAGGAACUUACAACAAAUGGGACGGUAUUGCCCGCUCGACUAUUCAGGUAUAUCCAGGAGCAUGGUCAGCGAUCUUGAUAUCAUUGGACAAUCCUGGAGCUUGGAAUCUAAGAACAGAGAAUCUUGAUUCGUGGUAUCUCGGACAAGAAACAUAUGUUAGAGUGGUUAAUCCAGACGAAAACAACAAAACCGAAUUCGGUGCACCUGAUAAUGUCCUCUACUGUGGUGCUCUCCAGAAGCUCCAAAAGCCACAAAAGAUUUCAUCUUCGGCGUCGCGGAGCAUUGGAUUCAAGAAUCUUUCAAUGGUGGUGAUGGCUCUGGUGAUGAUGAUGCUUCUGUAA